CUGAAACUCUUGGAUUUUACGAUUUUCUAUUUUGUACAUAUACCGUUUUGUAUAUACUGUAUAUGAUGUCCACAGCCGGCACUACACGUGCUAAUAAUCGGGGUAGCAAUGCACGAGAGAAGCAAGCUUCAAAAUCCAGCACACACAACACUAAUAAGACUACAACUCCAAAUUCAAAACAGACUGUUCAACCCACUGCAGACCAAGUCCGUAUGGCACAGAUAACUCAGAAUGUUGAUCCAGAGACAAUGGCCAAGAUACAGCAGGUGCGCGAUGUUACUGGUAAAAGUGUUGAUGAAGCAGUUGUGGCGCUACAUGAUCAUGAUGAUGAUCCUGCUAAAGCCAUUACUUAUCUUCUUGAAAAUGAAGAUUUAAAUGAGGGUGAAUGGGAAACCACAAGUAGGAAGAAAAAGGGAAGAAAUCAGCCACAAACGUCGCGCAACAUAGAAACUAUAUCAACCCCUAUCAAAGAAAAAGACAACAGAGAUAAAGAUAAGGAUAGAGAUAAGGGUAACCGUGAGAAGGAAAACAGGGACAGAGAGAGAGAUGGUUUCCGAGAAGGUGGUUCUAAUCGUGGACGUGGACGAGGGCGUGAUGGGCCCCCACCCCGCAUGCGUGGAAGAGGUAGAGAAAAUGGGUCAGUAUCAGAAAGGAAUGAACGGAAUCGUCAAAAUGGUGAAUAUAGUGGACGUGGACGGGGUUCAAGAGAUCGUGAAGAUAGGUGGAACAGAGAUGACAGGCCAGGAGGUAGAUAUGGACAUAUGAAUGGACCAUUACGUAGGGGUCGUGGAGGAGGACCAAGGAUGGGGACUUUUAACAGUGAAAGUUAUAACAAGGGGUCCAGGGAGUUUGUGAACAGUAAACUAGAAGAAAGCAAUGUUUGGACGAACCCAACAGAGACAACUACAAGUACCACCCUGAAUACACAAGCAGAAACUGUCUUUUCCUCUGUAGGAACUUGGGGUGACAGUAUAACCGCAACAACGGAAGAUUGGAGUGCUGAAGGUGACUGGGGAGGUGAUUUAGCAGAAUCCAAGGUAUUUACAGCCAGGAUUGGUUCCCCACCUCCUAGUAAGACUUUACCAGACAGUACUACUUCAUCUCUGUCAAAUAGCAUUCACAAGCCAGCGGAGCCCACUGGACAAUCCAGUGCUGAUGGAAUGAACUCUGGUCGACAAACGUCACACAUCCUUGGCCAGUUGACUGAUGUAACAAAUCAGUCUGUCCCUGAGCCAACACCUGCACAGGUUGGUAUUCCUAGUCAACCAUCAUCGCUUGGAGUAACAGCAACUGUAGGUGCACCUGUAGUCACUAUUGGUUCUGUGACAAUUGGUAGAAGUGUGGCAGUUGGCACGGCUCCUGUUGGUACCACCAGUUCGCUGGGCACCGUGGGAUCGAUGCCUGUAGUACAGCAAUCAGCACCGCCAUCACAGCAUCUGGGACAACCACCUGUGACUGGACCAGUAACUCAGCCCUCUUCAGCGAUAGUACAACCACCACCACCUCGAACUCAGCAACCCAAAAUUCCAAAGAGCAAAAAAAUGCCUCCACCAUCAAAGAUUCCAGCGACACCCGUUGAGAUGCCCAUGUCAGCGUAUACAAGUUCGUUGGGUAAUGUUGAUGUCCAGUUUGGUGCUCUGGAUGUGACGGAUUUUAUCAGUAACAAUGAUUCUGUGGCAACGUGUACAGGCAGUAGCUUGCUGUCUUCAUCAACAGUAAGCAGUGUGAAUGAUGUCUCGUCAGGUACCAGUCAUCUGUCAACAUUCUCAAGUAAACCCAAUGACACGUACGGUGGUUCUUUGAUGAGCUCAUCAAUGAUGUCCAGUGCUUCAGUUACGAUGACCACCACGUCAGCGCCAAUAGCAUCCUCACUAGAACAGUCAGCAAGGACUACGUAUAGCCAGUCAGCAUCAUCACAGAGUAAAUCGUUACAGCCAGAUCAUAUUUCACUGCCACAACAGACAUCGUCACUCAUGGGAUCAUCACAGAGAGCAUCACAGUCCACAACAAUGGAUGUUGGAUCUGUAAAUAUGUCAUCAAAUGCCCCUUCAUCAUUGGCACAAUCCAUGGCGACGUCGCAUCCUGGACCAUCGCUGCCAACCUCGCAUACAACAUCUGGAUCGUCAUCCACUUUACCACCUCUCAGUCAUUCCUCUAAUUUACCUUCUUCAGGCAGUAAUUUGAGUACGCUGGUGUCUCAUCAUAGUAAUCAUUCUCCUUCCGCACACACAGGGCUUGGUUCAGUUAAUCAUACUUCGACUUUUGCUGCCACCACGCAUACUAGCAGUCAUACUGGUAGUAACUUAAGUGGUGCAGUAUCUGGUAGUUCACAUUCAACACAUACCAGUGUACAGACAUCACCGAUGGCUCCAGGUAAACUCUCUGGGUUGAGUAAUGUUAAAGAUAACUCGCUUGAUGGUAGUCAUCACGUGCAUCAAAGUGUUACCCAGUCUUCUCUUGGUUCAAGUGGUUUGGGUUCAGUACCACAUUCUGUGAGUUCAUUGACGACUACUGGUACCGUCCCACUCAAUAUACAGAGUGCAACAUCUGUUAAUGUCUCUUCAGCAUUAGGAUUUUCAAGUACAACAACGACAGCGCUAUCCAGCAAGGCUACAACUCAAACUACAAGUAGCAAAGCAGCUCUCAAUUUACCUCCUGGUAUGCCCUUACUCAAUCAAAUGGCUGGACAUCAAUUUAUUAUGACACCAGGAAUACUUCCAUAUCAUCAACCAAUUUCAUACAACUAUGACGAGUUACAACUACUGCAGAGAAUGCCUAUGGGUUAUCCUUCUGCUUAUGACAUGCCACAGUUUCAGCCUAAUACAGCGUUAACGACAGGAAGAGAUGGAGCCUCUCUUGGAAAUGUGCAAUAUUCAGUGACUGAAGCAACUAAAUUUAGUCGGAACGAUGCGUCCUCGCCCAUUGUGUCGUCUGUUUCAUCACAGCAGCAGCAACAGCAACCACAGCAGCAGCAGCAGCAGCAACAACAACAACCCCAGCAGCAGCAACAGCAGCCUGGUCAAGGUGGUCAUCACCAGCAGCAGCAGCAGCAGCAACAACAAUUUAUCAACCCUGCAAUUCCACCUGGUUAUGGUUAUGGGGGUAUGGCAUAUUAUCCUACUGGUGCUGCAGGUGUUGUGCCUGGUUUGCAGUAUGGGGCACAUACAAUGUUUUCAACAGUUAAUGCUGUCCCUCCAUCAACCAGGUCGCAAGGUAGCAGUGCUCCACAUUCUGGUUUUCAACAACCAACUGCUUAUGGUCAGCAUGGAUCUCAUGGUGGUUAUGGAACAGGUCAGUUAUCAGCCUUCACUCGUGUGUUUUUUGUCUCAGCUUACUGA